GCCCCAUCAGUUUAGCGGCCUUCUAUUGGCUUCCAGGCGUUGCCGUCUCGGCAAUUUUGAGCUUGAACACUAAUUUAAGUGGCCAAUGGCAAAUGGCAAAUCCGGUCACCACGUAACCCGAAGUUCCGGAGACAACCCCUGACCUCGUCGUCGUUGUAGCAGCCUCCGCCUAAAACAAACUUCGAACUUUCUCCUCUCCGCAAAAAACCAACCAACAAGACUGACCUCCGCUAAGACUCCAGCACAUCACCAAUCACCCCUCCCCCCCCCAAAAAAAAAAAGCCAUCAUGCCUCGUCAACGAUCCUCCGGCGGCCGCGCCCCGUCUCGCCCCACGGUCCCCUCGCGCUCUUCGGCGCCCUCGCAGCAACAGACGCGGCCCGCCGCCACAUAUGCCCCGACGGCACAGGCGCCCCGUGCUCCCACCGCCGCCUCCCCCGUGGCAUCUCCCCCGACGUCUCAGGGCCCGGGUCUCUUUGCCAACAUGGCUAGCACCGCUGCCGGCGUGGCAGUAGGCUCGUCGAUCGGACACGCCAUCGGUGGCUUCUUUGGCGGGGGCUCGAGCAGCGCGCCGGCCGAGACGCAGCAGCAGCAGAGCCCGGCGCAGAGCAGCAACAGCUGGGGCAACAACUGCCAGGGCGCGACGACCGAGUUCACAAAGUGCAUGGACGAGCAGGGCGGCAACAUGCAGAUCUGCGGGUGGUAUCUGGAGCAGCUGAAGGCUUGCCAGGCCGCUGCCAGCCAAUACUAGGGCACCCAUGCAAUCAAUCGCACUGCUUGACAAAGUGAGCGACGUGUAUGCUGGGGUUAGGAGGCAGGAGACGGUUGUUAAUUGCCCAGACACCGAGCAUCAUUAUCCCCCUGUCGUAGACCCCCUAAGGGAAGCUUCGAUUUACAUGCUUGACAUGGCCCAAGGGACAAUUGCUGUAAAAUACAAACCAAGAAAA